UCAGCAUGCAGAUUUGAACUCUUUGAGGAGCGAAAAUGCUGCGAUAUGGCCAGAAACGACACCACCGUACCGAGCUCCGACAACCAUGAAGCAGAGCAGGAAGCCAGUGUAGGAUUGUUACAGCAAGAGCAUGACAAGAAUGAACAAUCGCCCGAUGAUGACGGCGAGGAUCUAGUGGUAUAUUCAAAGGAGGAUCCGCCAAAGCAUCCCGGAAUACCUCCGAGAAGACAGUCGUCUUUCGCGCAAAACAGGAAUGGAGCCCCGAGAACGCCAUUGAGAGUCAGAUUCAAUGUGGACGAGUCGGAACGACUGAGGGAGCACAAUGGCAAUGCGCGGCAGAGUGGAGACUGGAUGGACGAGGAGGACUACAUGUCGCAGCACUCCAACUCGGAAUAUCAACGGGCACCAUUGCUCACAGGAAUCGAGGCUCCCAGCGUCACUGUUGCCAAUGAUCUUGACGAGUUCGAGUCGGAGUUAGCGAGACCCAAGAGUGGGAUGAGAAGUGCGUUCAUGAAUAUGGCCAACAGCAUCAUUGGAGCUGGAAUCAUUGGACAACCAUACGCCUUCAGGCAAGCAGGGCUGUUGACCGGCAUCCUGCUCCUGAUAGCCUUGACCGUCACUGUGGACUGGACCAUUCGCCUUCUCGUCACAAAUUCGAAGCUGAGCGGGCAGAACUCUUUUCAGGCCACAAUGGAGCAUUGCUUUGGCAAGUCUGGCCUUGUGGCUAUUUCGGUUGCCCAAUGGGCCUUCGCUUUUGGAGGCAUGGUUGCCUUCUGUAUUAUUAUUGGGGACACGAUUCCGAGAGUGCUUGGAGCAUUGUUCCCAACUUUGCAUACGAUUCCAGUUCUUUGGCUACUCACCAAUCGGAGGGCCAUCAUCAUGUUGUUCGUCUUGGGAAUCUCUUUCCCGCUUUCUCUAUACAGAGACAUCGCUAUGCUCGCAAAAGCCAGCACUCUGGCUCUGAUCAGCAUGAUCAUAAUCGUAAUCACGGUCUUGACACAGGGCCCUAUGACACCCGCCGAACUGCGUGGGCCGCUGAAAGGUAGCCUACUCAUCAACGACGGCGUUUUCCAGGCAAUUGGUGUCAUCUCCUUCGCCUUUGUCUGCCAUCACAACAGUCUUCUGAUCUACGGGUCUCUCAAGACGCCGACAAUGGAUAGGUUUGCCAGAGUUACGCAUUACUCGACUGGCAUCUCGAUGGUUGCUUGCAUGACCAUGGCACUUGUCGGAUAUCUUUGCUUCGGCGACAAGACUCAGGGCAAUGUUCUGAAUAACUUUCCGUCCAACAACAUCAUGGUCAACAUAGCACGACUCUGCUUCGGCCUCAAUAUGCUCACGACACUUCCGCUUGAGUGCUUCGUGUGCCGGGAAGUCAUGACGCUCUACUAUUUCCCGCACGAGCCUUUCCAGCCAAAUCGCCAUCUGAUCUUCACCACUUCACUCAUCGUGUCCGCCAUGGGCAUGGCGCUCGUCACAUGCGACCUCGGAAUCGUGUUUGAGCUCGUCGGUGCUACCAGCGCCUGCGCCUUGGCUUACAUCCUUCCACCCUUAUGCUUUGUCAAGCUUACGAAGAAACGGACUUGGGAGACAUAUGCGGCGUACGCUUGCAUAGCGUUUGGAUGUUUUGUGAUGACCAUCAGCCUGGUACAGACAGGAGCCAAGAUGAUCAGGGGCGAAGGCGCAAUGGCAACGUGCAGCUAG